UCGGUGCCCGCGACGUACGGACGUGUCGAGCGAGCAGAGACGUGUGACCGCGCACGGCCUCUCCGGUGAUCCUGGGCGGACAGACGCGACCGAGAGUGUUAUCUCGUUCGUGUACGGUUAAUCGCGUCGCACGCAGUGCGAUAUCGGUGAACGCGUAAAAUUCGGCGUAUCGUGUGUUUUAUUAUCUUACUGCAGUGCAUCGAAAAAAUAGAGAGGGAGAGAGAGUGUGCGCGUGAGAGGAAAGAAAGUACGACGUGCGUAAGCGACGAGACAGAGUGAUAAAGACAAUACGCAUCGAUUAUCCUUUGUGUGAUUCAUCCGUUCGUUCGUUUUGUACGUCGUCGUGACGUGACACGACGUGCAGUGCCGGAACUCUCGCUUAUCGUGGAGAUUCAUCGGCUGCAGUUCGUGUUACCUGUGUUUGAACGCGUUCCUCUUGCCGCGCGUAAGUGUGUGAGAGAGACGAGAAAGAGAGAGAGAGUCCUGCCUCCCCUCUCUUCCCAGCCAAGGGUCUUUGCGACGCGUAACUUGCGGGUCUUAUUUCACACCGUCGAUGCGCGUGACAACGUCGUGUGAAGGCACACAUACAUACACGAGUAUACGCUAGAUGAGACACGCUCGCAUUCGACCGCAGCCGUAAUCGGGUUUCCCGGAGUGUAUAUACAUAUAAACGCGAGUGACGCGCGCGGACAAGUAUGGUGUCGUUCGCGAAAUAAGUGGCGUUUCGGAAUAGCACAGAAGAGAGAAAGAGAGAGAAGACUCUCCUCAUUGUACUCGCGAGUUGUCAUUGUGCGCGACCGAGAGAACGACGCAACGCGACGCGACGUUGUUUCCGUCUUCGUCGACCGGCGGUGCGGAGACCCACGGAGAGCGAGAGAGCGACAGCCGGUGAUGCCCGACAACGACGACACAAUCGACGACGAGUUCUCGUGAAAUCGCGGAAGGUGAUACGGCGCGUUUGUGCGUUGCGGGAGUAAACGGCCCGACGAUCUCGCGGUAGCCAAAAGGAAGGGGAAACGAGCCCGGCGAGUUGUGCCACCGGAGUUCUUCGUAACGUGAAAUUGCGACGAUUGAGGGUUCAACGCUGCCGUCGAUCUUACUACAUCAUUCGGAAAUGCCGCGAUGGGACUCGAGAUAAGAAGGUGCAAUGUGGAGUCUCGUGGAGCCGGCUUCUACUAUGAGUUGAGGCUUCGUAAUUAAUCAGGACUGGCAUGGAGAAGGAGAACUCCGCAUCGGGCGGGGGUGGCGGGGGUGAAGCGACGACGGCGGCGACUCCGGGCGCCACCUCCACCUCCGAGAAACUCCAGGCGGACCAGGCCAAUCCGUUGCUCGAUCCUACUGCACUCUUCGGCGCAUAUUGGCCCCGAGGCGACAGCGCGGCGUCGUCGCUCUUCGGCGGGAUACCGGGUGGUUAUGGCUUGGGUGCCCACCAUUUGCCAUCGGCUUACGCUAUUCUGGGCCGGGGAGGUUCUGCGCCUGGUUUCGGGGGUCACACACCAGCCUCGGCGCCACCCCCGUCCCCGUACCCCCACAGCAGCCUGGGUACACUCAGCGUGGCUGCCAGUCAAGCUGCAAGUUUGGGCAUCAAUCCAGCAGCCAGCGCAUGGUGGACAAUGGCCUCUCAUCUGGCGGCGCAGGACUACAUCGCGAGGCUACAAGGAGCGGCAGGACUUCCCGGAUUUCCGCCUGGUGCCGAGAGCCUCCUGCCGCCCUAUCCCGCCUCUCUACUUAAUCCCCCAUCCCUCUCGUCCCACAAGUCCAGUAAGUCUAAGUCAAGCAAGAGUCACAAGACACCAGCUAGCAGUAGUAGCUCAACGACGCCGAGUAUGACGAGCAGCAGUCUACCUGUGUCCACUCAAGUACCGGUGACGUCCUCUCAUCAUAGCACCACUCCGGUCAGCAGUACGCCAAAUUCACAAACGAACGUCGUUAGUUCCGCGAAGGAAGGAAGCGAUCCUAGCAGUAUAUUGGGAGGUGUGCGUCUACCUCCCGAUACGGAGAUUAUCAAAUACACGUCGAGUAUAGUCGGCCCGAAGGUUCCCGGGACGACAAACCGCGGCAGGAAGAAGACAAUAUCCUUGGACACUCCCAGCGUCAGCGUACACCCACCACCUGUCUCUGGUCUUAGCGCGCAUCAGACGAACACGACAUCAACCUCGUCGCUCUUGAUGGAACCGAGGAAAUAUAAUCGCACGGGGACCGACUCGAACGAGUACAGAGGAGACACGGUGGAUCGAGUAGAGGUGAUCAAACUACCGGCUCAUUCGACCAACGGCUCCGUUCUAUCGGCACCCCCGACGUAUACUAGCAGUAGCAGCAGCAGCAGCAGUAGCAGCAACGCCAACAACAACGUCAACGAUGCGGAUGCGCCUCUAAAUCUCUCUCUGAAACCCGCCACGACGAGCAAUAGCUCGCCGAUUUCUUGUAGUCAGCCGCUCAGUCAGCUCAGUAAUUUAAGCCAGUCAUUACUUGCCUCCGAUCGAACAUCGAGACGAAAACCUGGACCCAAGCCGAGAAGAGUGCCGCAGAAUUCGGUGCCGGUUCCGGCGUCGCCUAGUCCCUCUUUAGCGCAAUUCUUCGCCGCCGCGGAUUCGCCACAACGGCCGAGUAGCGGCAGCGAGGAAAGCGAGAGCGCGAGCACUACCACCCACAAGGACGGUAGGCCGCGAAAUCUCGGCCGCGGUGUGUCGAAGCCUAAGAAAAACACGGUCGCGUCGUUGCUGGCUCAGAGCAGAGCUUUAGGGAUUAAACCCACCCCGACGUUGGAUCCAAGUGUGCCAUUGUCCCAUCAAGUGUCGUUGCUGAAAACGAAUAUACUGGCGCAUCAAAUGCACUCCGUGACCGUCGGCCAGAAUGAUGACAAACACCAGUACUAUCACUUGCUAACGAAGAUACAGAAGAAGAAGCGACCUCGACCAAUUCGUGCUUCGUGGGCGAGGAGCCAUGAGAAAAUGAAAAACAAGUUACUGGAGGCCUCGGGAGAGGAGAGCAAUAUGGACGUGACCAGCGAGAGCGGCAGUAACACUGAUGUUGUCACGGAUACCGAUGACGAUAAUGCAGAAGGUACACCGAGCGCGAAAAGGAGAAAGCUCAGGCCCAGCGAGAGAGAUCUUCAAAUGCCGCUGGAGCGCGGUUGGAAGCGUGAAACGGUUAUCAAGGGGCUGGGAAAGACUGGAGUGAUAAAAGGCGACGUGUCGUAUUACAGUCCCUGCGGGAAAACUUUUAGGAGCAGUCCCGAUCUAGUGAAGUUUCUGGAGCAUCAGAAUCCUGCCGAGUUAACAACCGCCAAUUUCUCGUUCUCUUCCCGUCCGUUGGUCGGAGAAUUCCUGCAGCCAACAAUGGGUCUAGCGGAGGCCGAAUUCGUCAGACUCGGCGCCCAAGAAGUGGCGAAGAGACUAGAGGAGUUGAAAAUGUCUAAUAGCUUCAGAGAUGGACGGAUGAAUAAUCAGUACGAGAGAGACAAGCUAGCUUAUGCGAAGAAGGCUGCGAAGGAAGAAGCGUUACGACACAAGGAACAAAUUAGGCUUAUUAAAGAGCAGGAGAAGACGGAACGACAGGAAGCCGUGAGACGAGAACGGGAGAUCAGAACUCAACAGCUGCUCGAGGGUCGAAAGCGGCUCGCGUUCACGAUCAAGCAGAAAAUGAAGAUCAUCCAAGAGAUCGAGCGCGGCAAGAGCAAGAGCGACGUGGCUCGCGAGCUGGGUCUGGCGAGCAGUACGGUCGCCACCAUCUGGAAGAAUCGCGAGAGUAUCGCCGAGAGCUGGCGCAACCGGGACAUGAUGCAGCAGACGGACGUCGAGGAUGUGCCGUCGAAGAAGCCGCCGCCGUCCAUGUCGUCGUCCCUCGCGUCGACGACGCUCUGCAACCCGGUGGCGAUGACGACGACGACGACGACCACGAUUACGACGACGCCGCCCUCGUCGGUGGUCCCUGGCGUGGUCGUGGUGCCGCCGCAGAUCCAGGUGGUACCGCCGGUAGUGCUACCGCCGCCUCCGCCGCCUUAUCCCACCCUGACCCUGCCGCCGGCGUCGGCGGGUUUGACGUCGUCCACGCAGCCGACAGCGUCUUCGCUCACCUCCUCGUUGAACCCGUCUACCACCACGUCGACCGGCACGACGACCACGAUUAAUGUGCUACCGGACAAUAUCCAGCAGGCACAGACUCAGACGCAGAACCAGGAACUUCUAGAGGCGCGGAAAAAACGGCAGGAAGAGUUGGAGAAGAUGCGACUGGAAGAACAACAAAGGAAGCAACAGGAACGAGAACUAAAACGGCAGCAAGCGGUCAUGCUGAAGGAACAGAUGUACAUGCAGGAGCUCACCAAGCAGCGCGAGAUGCUCUACACCGUCGAGCUGGAGAGGGAGAGAAGGAGGCAACACAUGGCCCUGGUGCGAGCAUUGGAGAAUCGUCGAAAGAUGGAGGAGAAGGAGAAGAAACGUCUGGAGGCCAGGGCCGAGAGAAUAGCGACGAAGGAGAAGCGAGCGGAGCAGAGGAGAAUCGAGAUGGAAUUGAUCGAACAAAUUCGCAAACCCGUCGAGGAUAUGGAGCUGACAGAUCACAGAUCACUGCCAGAAGUCAAAAGAUUACCUGGACUUAAACUCUCCGGGCAAGCGUUCUCGGACAUCAUAAUGGUCUAUGAAUUUCUACAUAAUUUCGGGGAGACUUUGGGCUUUGACAUGGAAUCGCUGCCAACUUUGAAAAGUCUUCAACUCGCUCUCCUCAACGAUGAGGAAGCCGAGGAGGAGAUGCUGUCGGUUAUGACGCAUCUGUUGGUGUGCGCCAUCGAAGAUCCAGGAAUCCCGCAACCGGCCAGACACACCACAGGUUUAGGUCAAAGUUUACGUCAAGCUGACAUCACUCAUGCCAAUAUCAGCGAAGUUCUGCGAAUUUAUCUGUACGCGAACGCGACUGGCGAGGUGAAGGCUUUGACGGGGGUGUGCCUUGAGCGCGAGCGCGACAAGAAGUUUGCCGAUCAUCAUCAGAACGGCGGCGACUACGCUUCAACCUGCUCGGGAAAGAACGCGCAGUUCUACGAGCAUUUACAUAACAACGAAACGUGGAGGAUGUCGGAAAGAUUGCGGGAUAAGCCUUUCCUAGCGUUGAACCCGACGCAUAAAGCGCAGAUGCUCGCUUUUCUCUGUAACGAGCUGCUGCAAAAUAAGGCUGUGAUCAGGCAGAUAGAGGGUAGCCUAGAGACAGUAGCUCAGCUGAAGAAGGAGAGAUUCGUAUUGGACACUAAGAUUAGAAAGCUUAGACAAUUACAUGGUCGAAAAGUCCGGAUGGAAGCUGUGGGCGUCAUUGUGAAUAAGAUUGGCGACACGAUUACCAUUGAGAAAAAGGAAGGUGAGGAAGAAAGCAAUACUACAUCAACUGCUGUGGGUACAACACCUACACCGGACGAGAUUCAUCACGAGGAUGAAGUAGAAGACAUGUCCGAGAACGAGAGCGAAGGCACUCAGCCGGAAGAGGAGGAAGACAAAAAUCUAUCCGGCGAAGAAUUGGGUAAGAAAUUGGAUAAACUGUUGAAGCAAUCGGAGGAGCAAUUGCAAAAGCUGAAUGGUUCGUCAAAACAACUCCGGGCGCAUGUCUUCGGUCAAGACAGGUUUUGGAGAAGAUAUUGGGAAUUACCAACCGCCGGUGGUAUCUUCGUGGAAGCUAUGGAAAGCGCCGAACCGGAAAUUCUCGAUCUCCAAGCCGAGCUGGACGAAAAGUACAAAAAUAUGCCGGUGGAGGAGAAAUCCGAGGAGAAGCAGCAAGAGAACGAAAGCAAGAAUUGUGAAAAUCGCGAGAAUGAAGCUCCAAACGAGGUCAAGGAUGAAAAGAAGCACAAUUCGAACGAGCAGGAUGUAGACAUGAAAUCUCACGACAAGGUGAAAUCUGAAGUGGAGGAGAUUAAUUGUAAAAAGGAGCCUAUGCAAAACUGUGGUUCAGGAAAUUCCGACAAUGUAGAAGAUGAGAAAAAGAGUAAGAACAACGACGUUGAUGGUACGAUGACAGAUGCGAAGACAAAUGUCACAUCCGAGGAAAUAAAGCAGGAGACGGAGGUGGUGAGCAUGGAUGUCGAUAUGAAAACCGAGAAAAUAAAGAAGGAGAAUGAGGAAAUGGACGAAGAUAUGUCGAAACCUCUAGUGAAGACAAUGGAGGAUAAAAUCGUUGAGACGAUACCGAAUGGCGACAAGUUCAACCACAUCAAUAACCUGCACAACGGGAAAGAACUCAACGGUUCCUUCAUUUCUAUUAUGUCGAUUAUUUCAGACAGCAACAAUACCGAGCCUAAUUGGUUUUCCAUCUUACCGCGAGAAACGUGCGAUACUCCGGGACCUAGUACUAAGCAAAUCUUUGGUAUAGCCGAGCCGACCGAGUUGAGAAUCCCCGUAUUCCCGCCGCCAGCAAGUCCGAAUUACGAUAGAUGCGACAGUCCAGCGCCUCUGAUUCUGACUCAAGAUGAAGCAGUGCAAUUAGAAUAUUUGAAGGUGCACGGUUUACCGCCUCCCGGUGAAGCCAAACCAGUACCGAAAGAUUUGAGAUACGGUUGGUGGAGGAUAACAGACAUCGAUACGUUCCAAGAACUCCUCGAGCAUCUACAUUCACGCGGCGUCCGUGAGAAGGAAUUGAAGCGCACAACAUGGGCGACAAUGGAGUCUUUCUUGGCUGUAACAGGUAGAAUUAAUGUCGAUCUUGGCAACAUGGCCGCUACUGAACUUCAAGCGGAACCGGAUGGUCCCAAUACGCUAAUUCCGAAGCCGGAUAAUCCGAGCGAUUGGAGCGAGCAGGUUGCGCUACGCGUAGAUGCUCAGCUCUUAGAGCAAGUGGAAGCCCUUGAAGACAAAGUGGCUAACGCCAGCAUGCAAGUCAAAGGUUGGAAGCUACCACCGCGAGCGGGAACUGAGGAAGCCGAAGAAAUUGAAAAGUUGAACGAAAUGGAGAAGAUCAGCGCGGUCGAGCAGGCACGGCAAAGGUUACUCUCCUUGGAGGCGGCUAUAGAAAGACGAUAUUUGAAACCACCUUUAGGCGUAUGCACCGGAGAUCCCAACCUGGCGGCUCUGAAGGCGGAACAGGCGGCGGCCGCUCAUGCAAACAAUUCGAAUAACUCGGAGCAGAAUAACCAGGCGCCAGCACCACCGGAGGAAACGACACCACGGGGUCUGAACACCUGGCGAGAGGCAACCGCGCGAGCGCACACAUCGGCGCAACUCGCCAUGGCGCUCUACAUGCUCGAGGCCAGCAUCGCUUGGGACAAGAGCAUCAUGAAGGCUGUGAGUCUAACAACAGCUAGAAAGUCGGUCUGCGCCAAGCUACGAAACCGCUGCGUCUCACUCAAAGCUACCAAUCAGUACAAACAGCUAUUGACUACUUCUCAGACCUCUAACUGCCAGUUUUGUCAUAGUGGAGACAACGAAGAUAAGCUACUGCUCUGUGAUGGCUGUGACCGUGGCUAUCAUACUUAUUGUUUCCGUCCAAAAAUGGAAAACAUUCCUGAUGGUGACUGGUAUUGUCACGAGUGUAUGAACAAAGCGACAGGUGAACGUAAUUGUUUAGUAUGCGGAAAAAGAGUGGGUAAAAACUUGGUCCUAUGUGAACUCUGUCCCAGGGCUUAUCAUACCGACUGCCAUAAUCCUGUCAUGCCAAAAAUGCCACGAGGAAAAUGGUAUUGCUCUAAUUGCCACAGUAAACAACCAAAGAAGAGAAAUAGUAGUCGAAGGAGUCAUACCAAAGGGGGAGGUACCAGAGAAAGUGAAAGUUCUGAUCAUCCACCAGCUAGUCCAACGCCGUCAACGGCAUCGAACACGCACGUAGAGGACGUCAGUUCGUCGGAACCGCCGACUCCUACCGCCUCGCCACGGAAGGAGGGUAACAAUCGGACGCUCACGAAGAAGCAACAACGAGAGCUGGCGCCUUGUAAGAUACUCCUCGAACAGUUGGAGCAGCAGGACGAGGCCUGGCCGUUCCUCCUGCCGGUGAACACCAAACAGUUCCCGACCUACAAGAAAAUCAUAAAAACCCCCAUGGAUCUCAGUACGAUUAAGAAGAAAUUGCAGGACUCUGCGUACAAGUCUCGCGAUGAGUUUUGCGCCGAUGUCAGGCAGAUGUUCAUCAACUGCGAGGUAUUCAACGAGGACGACAGUCCUGUGGGCAAGGCCGGCCACGGGAUGCGCAGUUUCUUCGAAAUGCGCUGGACCGAGAUCACCGGCGCGCCACCCCCGCAUCCGCAAACGCAUAGCUGAGGCUCGGUACGUUCGCGCAACACUUGCAACAGCUUUGCCCACUUCUACUACUAGGAUACGCACUACAUCAUCGCGCGAUAAACCGACAGUCGUUGUCGUUCGUCGUCGUCGUCGUCGUUGUCGUCGUCGUCGUCGUCGUCGUCAAGAGAGACUGACUCCACCCCUCUACUUCCGAGCUACUUUUAUUAGUCGGCCUCGUUCUAGCGGCCGAUCGAAUUUUCCAUUGUAAUAAUAAUAAUCGCUGCGAACGCUGGAUACACUAUCGUCAUCGUAUCAUUCAUUCUCCGUUGUAAUCGCGUUUCAUAAGAUGCUCCGAUAUUAUAUGCAUAUACUACGAGACAUAUACGAGUGUCUCUGUAUUUUAUUUCCUCGUUAGUACCACAAUGGACCGCAGUUUCGUGAGAAAACUUAUUCAUUGUAAAGUAUUAUACAUUCUUAGCCGAUCGGACAUUCGGCUCCGGUUUAACGAAUCCUGGUAAAGGGAAGUGCGAGAAGCUUCUUCGUACUUCUUUGGUCUCGAGAUCUUUGGUCUGCGAUAAACGAGAGAACUUCUCGACAUCGACGUGAUUAAUCAGAUAAGAGCGCAUCGUUUCGAUCCCCGCCGAUCGGGGUGGAGUAAUGCGAAUGGUCAUUGUACUUACCGAUAAACAAGUGAACAUUUUGCCUAAGCGACUAAGUGUAAUUUGCGAUUGUAUUAUACAGGCUUAAAUGCCGACGCGUCGUUGGCAGAAGAAAUAUUUUGCAAAGUAAUAAAUGUGAGAAAGAGAAGUUAUAUAUAUAAAUAUAUAUAAAUAUAUAAAUAUGAAUAUAGUGUGUA